AUGGCCUCAUUUUUCACUGAUGUUGGUUUUCUAUUAUCCACUAUAGACCUCUCAACCCUUCUCCUCCUCCUCCUCCUCCUCUCCUUCCUCCUCUUCGUCUCCGGCGACGGCUCCGGAUCCCCCCCGGCGCGCGGCGGCGGCGGCGGAAGCAAGAGCCCUCUCGUUCUUCCGCUCGUCCUCUCGUAUGCCAAUUCCACCAGCCACCGCGGCCGCGGCGUCGGGGCGGACCAUUUCCUCCGGCGGCGCCAGCUCCAGAAGGAGGACGCCUCCCGCCCCAACGCGCACAUGAGGCUCUACGACGAUCUCCUCACCAACGGGUAUUACACUACGAGGCUCUAUAUCGGGACGCCGCCCCAGGAAUUCGCGUUGAUUGUCGAUUCGGGGAGCACGGUGACCUACGUUCCGUGCUCCUCGUGCGAGCAAUGUGGCAAUCAUCAGGACCCAAGGUUCCAACCAGAUCAAUCAAGCACAUACGAACCGCUAAAAUGCAAUGUCGAUUGUACCUGCGACGAUGAGAAAAAUCAAUGCACUUACGAGCGGCAGUAUGCUGAAAUGAGCUCCAGCAGUGGAGUUCUCGGCGAGGACAUUAUAUCGUUUGGCAAAGAGAGCGCGCUUGAACCACAGCGUGCUAUCUUUGGCUGUGAAAAUUCCGAAACCGGUGAUUUGUUUACUCAGCACGCUGAUGGCAUUAUAGGCUUGGGCCGUGGGCAGCUUAGUAUAAUGGAUCAGCUUGUUGAUAAGGGUGUGAUUAGUGAUUCAUUCUCAUUGUGUUAUGGUGGAAUGGAUAUUGGUGGGGGUGCAAUGGUUCUUGGUGGAAUCCCUCCUCCCAACGACAUGGUUUUUUCCCAUUCAGACCCAGUGCGAAGCCCAUAUUACAAUAUUGUGCUGAAGGAAAUACAUGUGGAUGGGAAGGCGUUGCAGUUAGAUCCAAGGAUCUUUGAUAGCAAGCAUGGAACUGUCUUGGAUAGUGGAACCACCUAUGCGUAUCUACCUGAACAAGCUUUUGAAGCAUUCAGAGAUGCUAUCACAAGCAAGUUACGUUCCCUUAAGCAAAUUCCUGGUCCAGAUCCAAAUUACAAAGAUAUUUGCUUUGCUGGUGCUGCAAGUGACAUCUCUCAAUUAUCGAAGACAUUUCCAGCUGUUGAUAUGGUAUUUGGUAACGGAGAAAAGCUGUCAUUGUCACCUGAAAAUUACAUGUUCCGGCACUCAAAAGUUCAAGGUGCAUAUUGCCUGGGAGUCUUUCAAAAUGGGAAAGAUCCAACAACUCUUUUGGGGGGUAUUAUUGUCCGCAACACUCUUGUAACUUAUGAUCGCCAAAAUGAAAAGAUCGGAUUUUGGAAAACUAACUGUUCUGAGUUGUGGGAGAGGUUGCAUUUAAGUGGAGCCCCUUCGCCUGCACCUUCAUCUACCUCCGACACGAAUUCUACAGUUGAUAUGUCCCCAGCUGUGUCUCCUAGUGGAUCACAGCUACCAGGUCAAUAUGAAGUUGGUCAAAUAAUAUUUUAUAUGUCCAUAAAUGUUACAUACUUGGACCUGGCACCCCAUAUCAAGGAACUGGCUGUGCUUAUAGCUCAUGAGCUAGGAAUUGACCCGCAUCAGGUUAAUUCGAUGAAUAUCACUAGUGAAGGAAACCAUACUCUUAUUAAAUGGGCUAUUUUUCCAGCGGGAUCUGAUAAAUUCAUGUCUAAUGCAACAGCAAUGGACAUUAUAUUGCGGUUAACUGAGCACCGUGUUCGCCUUCCAGAUAAUUAUGGGAGCUAUCAGUUGCUUGAGUGGAACGUUGAGCCUCCACCUAAAAGGUCAUGGUGGCAACAGCAUAUAGUCGGUUUAUCUAUCGGGGCUUUAGCGGUUGCGGUGAUCGUUUUAUCAGCUUUCUUAGUAAGAUACAUUUGGAAAAAUAAAAUCAAAGGGCCAGGUACGUACAGGCCGGUGGAUGCCGCCGUUCCAGAGCAAGAGCUCCAACCGCUAUAAUUUAGUAUCGGACACCUAUUGAAAUCGAAGUACAGAAGAUUCUUUAGUAGCAAUGACACUUCCAUGAUGUGAGAGAGAUAAUGUACAAUAGUGUAAGCUUCUUUGUUGCGGGACUAGAUCUGUUUUUUCUUUUGCUUUCUUUGUAAUACAAGAUUAAGAACGAGCCAAAAAGAGCAAGAAUCCUUCAUUUGUAAAGAUCUGUUUGGAUAAGCAGAUGCAGCAAUCGUAGCUCCCUCUUGUAGCCGGUUAUGCAAGGUUUUUGAGCCCUGUAAUUUUGCGUCGCAAGAAUCAUGAGACUGCAUUUUGUAUACAACUGAUUGCAAUACUUGUUCAAUGGAAUCGAGUUCUUAUGUCUUGUUUGGAAUCUAA